ACAGGUCUCUUUUGCAGUCAAAAUGUGGAGUGGCGAGAGCUGGGAGGGUUCCGCCAUAGUUACCAGAACAACAGGGUUCUUCACUUCUGCUUUCGGCUGUAGGAAAUGAAGCACAUGACCUGGCCCUGCUGAUGUAAGACGGAGCAAAGUUCAGAUCAGACCACUCUUGCUCUCUCUCUGCAGAUUACUGAAGGGACUGCUGUAGUGGAGGAGACACAGAUUAGUGAGAGGUUUGAGGACUCACACAUACACACACUGUACUGAAGGGCUAGAGUAGUCAUGUCCCUAAUGGUCAAAGCCUGCAUGCCCUGACAUGGGAACAGAGAGAGGGAAAGGGAAAGAGAGAGAGAACCCUUGUUUGGAUUUAACAACUCCGAUCCCCCUGGCUGUCAGUGGACUCAUAGAUGACUCUCACACAGGAGCAGAUGGCUGACGUGGAGAGGAUCAACAAGGAGACAGGGGAGCUGAGCGCUUCAGAGGAGCUAGCUGCCCCCCUGGAUCUGAAAGAGGGAGGGGGGGGGGAGAGAGGUGGAGGACCCCAGGCCCAUCCCCUACUGGUCCUCCGAGAGAUGCUCCAACAGAUGGAGACACACACACACAAGGAUAGUAUGAACACCUCUGGCCAGAAACACACACACCUCUCCCCUGACCACACACAUACCAAAAAGGAAAUCAUGGACCAGAGUGAGUUAGACACACCCCUCCCCCUCGACCAAAAAGAGGAACACUUGCGCCGAGUCCUGCCUCUCUACAUACAGGUAUGUGAAAGUGGUGGUGGGACAGAGGAGCUGGAUCUGAGGAGGCUAGCUGCUCUGACUGCAGACACUGUGGUCUCCAACAUCCAUGCCAUACUGGCACAAAAACCUGCAGAGGAGGCUCGCUACGAGGUGCAGAAGUUCUUCCAGAGAAGAGACGAGACGGACAACACAGACGAUAUAGACAACAGUGAGAUAGACAGCAGGGAGACAGACAGGACAGAGGAGACAGACAGGGGAGAGUCACACAGCCAGACAACACAGACAGACAAUGCAGGAUGGCUUCUGUUGAAGACUCUGUCUUUCCUGACUGCUACAAACUCUACUGAAUUAAUGUCUGUAGUAAAGCCAGGUCUGCCGGCGGCCCUGGUGAAGUGUCUCUACCUGCUAGUUUGUCUACCGUCCCGGAAGGAGAGAGCAGCAGUAGAGGAGACCUUUCAAGAACUGCUCACACAGGUCCUGUUACAGCUGUGCUGUCACCCUUCCAGUGUGGAGGAGAUGGUGGAGACUGAGGAGUUGCAGUGUCUGAUCAUCUCGCUCACAUCACUACACGACCAGACUAGUGCCCCCUGGAGGCACCAGGCAUCACGUGUUCUCAGAGCUGUCUCUGCUGCUAAGACACCCAAUACCGUCCCCUUCCUACAGGCUAAGAACUGUGUGCGUAUCUGUAUUCAGAACCUGCAGCGUAUCAGUGAUCGUGCCCCAGCUCCAGUCUUAGCUGAGGUGGCUGUCACAGUGUUCAGCUUCAUCAUAGACUCCUACCAGCUCAACCCUGCUCUGUUCACCGAGCUUGAAAAUAACGAUGGAUACACUGUCUUACAGGCCAUCAUGACCCGGUGUGAGGAGGGUGUGCCUGCGGAGGAGUUUGGUUCAGUAGAGGACCUGUUAUCUCUGCUAGCGUCUUUGUGUCUGUUUGGGAGGUCAGAGCUGAAGGUGGCGCUCUGUGUCACCAACCCUCAGCCACCUGGCUUCAAGUUUGACCCCUCACUCACCACAGGCUCUGCGGUAAGGAACCUAUCAGCGUUCCGUUUGCUCCAGGGUUCCUUCCAGAGGUCAGAGGACUGUGUUUUCUGCAGCCAGAUCCUAAGCACCAUCAGGACUGUGUGGUCAUGGAACAGGGCCAACUUCUUCCUGUUAGAGUGGACUGUUCAAUCACUGGCUCAGCUAGCUCAGUGUGUUUCGAAGAAACCACCUCCUGUACACAGACUGUUCUUCUCUAUGUUAGAGAUGGUGGCAUUCCAUCUUAAUUACAUCCCCCACGAGGCCGUGCGUGCGGUGCAGGCGGUGCUGAAGCAGGGCUGGGCAGGGGCCGUGGCCGGAGGGGCACAGUUUGGAGUGGCUGCCCUCGGCUGCUUCCACAGGUUGACAGUGCGUAGUGGUCUGCUAGCGGAGGUUCUCAGUGAUGGAGGUCUAUUGGAACUUCUGCUUGGAGAACUACGCAGGAGGGCCAAGAUACUCAGGAAGGCGAGAGGAGCAUGUCCCCAAGAUCAGUCAGCUGUAGAGGACAAUGAGAGAGCUCUCACCACCAGCAUGCUCACAGUAGUGGCUGCCCUCACCCUACGCUCCAUCAGAAACACAGUGUCAGUCCGUGACCUUGGGAUGGUUCCCUACAUAAAGAUAUUUCUAGAUGAGGAGCAGUACAGAGGACCAACCCUCAGCAUCCUGGAGCAGCUGUCAGAGAUAAAUCCUGACGAGUUUAUGUCUACGGCUAUAGGAGCUCUCUGUUCCUCUACACAACAGGAGCUGGGGCUCAAACAAGACCUGCUGCAGUCAGUUUUGAAGGUUCUGGAGAGACCUAACAGUUGGGGGGCAUUUCGACGUGCGCGGGGCUUCACCGGCCUGCUGUCCCUGGUGGUGGACAUGGAGGGGGCUCUGAGUGACCCCACUCAGGGUGGGGUGCGGGGUGCUAAGGGGCAGCAGGGGAUACUAGACCUCCUCUUCCUCACCCUACACACCCUCGCCCUAGCUGUCCACGUACACCCUGUCAACUCACACCAGUUCCAGGCUGAAGGGUUCUACGAGAGGCUGGCUGAAGCCUUACUACGGCUGGGUUGUUUCCAGACUGAGGCCUGGGAGGCAACAGAGAGGAUGGAGGGCCACGCUGGGGGUAUGAUGAGUAGGGGCCUGGGCCAGAGAUGGGGUCAGAGAGAAACAGAGGACAAUCAUUCUCUUGGGAGGAGCUUCCACCAGUUUCUGGAGCUGUCUGAGACCCCAGUGCUCACCUCCCUCUCUUCCACCUCCAAGCCACCCCUGCCUCCCCCUUUACAGACCUGUAUCAGGCUCCUCUCCUACCUGGACCAAUUAGCUACAGGGACCUACGCUGCCCUUGAGAUGACAGCAGGACAUGUGGGAGAGAAGAGAGAGGAGGGGGGAGAUGGAGAGACCCAGGGGGGUGGUGGUCGAGGAGAGAGGCUGCAGACUGUGCCACCAACCCGACAGACUUCACAGACACCAGAGGAUGAACUACCGGGGGGAUCCAGACCUGCAGGCCACAGCGUCGCUGUUGUCUGCUCUGAGACUAACUACAGGUUUACCUGUGACCAGACCAUACUGUAUCCUGGAGCCCUCAGGGUCAUCAUGACUCUCCUGCCUCAUGUCUUUACUGCAGAGGAUCCACAGCUGUCAGUGGAGGUACAGUACUCAGUAGCCCACCACCUCCAGGUGAUGGUAACAUCAGAGAAGAACCGGCAGAUUGUCUGCAAGGGGGGUUUGGUGUCCACUCUACUAACCCACUGUCGAAGCAUUCUGCUCAGGCCGGACCACCCACUAUACCUGCCUGACACACGCAUCCUGGAGAAAAUCUCCUCACACUCCAUUUCCCACAUAGACCUCAGGCGUUUCCUGUGUCUUUGUGAUCCUCUGAUGUGCCAAGCUAACAAAAUUGCUGCCACCUCUGCUCCAGAAUCCAACACACAAUGCCCCUUUUCUCCCUCCAAUGGCCGCAGCCCAGAGAAGGCAGACAGCUUAACAGAUAGUGAAACCACCACUCGCUCCAUCAUGAAGCGCUCUUUUAGCCUGCUGAGCUCCUCUCCUCCUAUUGGCUAUCCUGUCGGCCAGCCCCUCCCCCUGCACCAAAUCAUUAGCCUGGUCUCUAUGACGUCACCAAGGAGCUUCCGACCACACCGAGUCUCCACCUCUCCGGCCUUUGUGGAGUUUGAUAUGACUGAGAGUGGUUAUGGAUGUCUAUUUCUACCAUCCCUGGCUACAGUGAAAGGUGUCAAUGCUGACUCCAUCCCAACAGGGGGGAUAGGAGGAGACUGUCGUGGUUUCCCUCCGGCAGCAGGCCUGUCAUAUUCCUGCUGGUUCCUGAUCAGCAGGUUCAGUUCAGCCUGUGAUUCCCACCCGAUCUGGCUGCUGUCUGUGGUGCGUCAUAUGUCCCGUGCCGAACAGCAGUACGUCUGUCUGUCUGUCUCCAUCUCAGCCAGCGAUGGAUGUUUGGUCAUCUCAACUGAGGAGGAGCCUUUCACCUUCCUGGAUAUGAUGGAGCCACAGGUGCGGACCCCCAGCCCACUGCCAGGUUCUCUGAGGUUCAAAUGCUCCAGUCAGCUGACCCCAGGUCAGUGGCACCAUCUGGCCAUUGUCAUGGCGAAGGACGUGAAGAAGAGCUGUAAGGUCACGGCCCACCUCAAUGGGAAACUGGUGGGAGCAGCAAAGAUGCUGUACAUCCAACCAUUCCCGGGUCAGUACAUUUCCAUGGAACCCACGGCGGUGAUUGACGUGUGUGCCUUCAUUGGAACGCCGUCUAUAUGGAAACAGCACGCUUCAUUGGUGUGGCGCGUCGGGCCCACCUACCUGUUUGAGGAAGUGCUGAGUCCAGGGGCUGUAGGAGUCAUCUACAACCAGGGAACAGCCUACUUGGGAAACUACCUGGCUCUACGCAACACAGGCUCUGGCCCAGACCCCCUCCAUUUCAGGCUGGUCCCUGAGGAGAGGAUCUCAUUUGGCAUCAACCCGGCUGUAGCAACUUUAACCACGGUAGCAGAGAUACGAGAAAGCUACAACGAGGUGGACUGCCGUCUCAUCGCCAAAGAGAUGGGAAUCACGUCCAGAGAUAACUCCACCCCUGUGUUCCUGUCUCAAAACAUCAGCCACCACCUGACUGGCACUGCACGCACCAUAGGUGCUGCACUGGUUGGACACUUUGGUGUGCGGACGUUCGCUCCCAGCAGCGCAGGGGAUAGCUUUCUGUACCUUGGAGGGCCGGCGGUGAUCCUAAGCAUGGUUGCUAUGGCGGCAGACGAUGGAGCGCUGUACGCAGCAGUGAAAGUUCUGCUGUCUGUGUUGGAGACAAGCCCUGCCAUGGAGCGGGAGAUGACACGCAUCAACGGCUACAAGCUCCUAGCAUUCCUGCUGAAGAUUAAGAGCAGUGUGUUGAGCAGUAGAACCUUUCAGCUGGUGCUAUCUCUGUCUGGUUCAGUGGACCACCUGGGAUCUGGAGCUGUUUGUCUACACAACAGACCCGCCUUCAAUGCUCUGCUCUGUGACCUGGAGGUGUGGAAGAACACUGCGGAAAGUCUGGACCUGUCAGUUCUCAAUCACUUUGCUGAAAUCCUGACAUCAUCAAGUGGUGACCAUGGUAAUGCAAAGGUCAUGCAUAACCUGGGUCUGGUGCCUAAACUGCUCUUCCUAUUGGCUGACCCCAUGGUGACCCCCAGGAAAGUAAAGGUUGCCACCAGUAUCAUCACUUGCCUGCUUAGAGGACACUUCACCUCCACCGACAUACGCAGACUUGGCCUCUUCCUGGUGUACACCGUGCCUCCCCCAAGUGUGAGUGAAAGCUCUGGACUCUCUGACUCUCUUGAUGAGGAAACCAAAGCUCAAAGUUUCAGUCCAGCCAGACUCGUGUGGGUCCGUAAUCAACUGCUGUCUUCUCUCUGUGACCUCAUCAGCUCAGACAGUCUUCUCACUGCAGAUGAGCAGAAAGAGCUGAUCCAGACACUGGGCAGUGAUUGGUUCCUGCUGUUCCUGCAGCCCCGCCUCCACUCUUCCACCCUGUGCCUAGGGCUCCGCCUACUCACACUUCUCUUGGCCAAUCAGAGCGAGCGGGACAGCUUCAGAGAGGGCGUGUUCCCAGGCACCCUAGUAGAGAGCCUGGAUGAACCCUCUGUUGUCAUAGACAACCUGAGAGCUUAUGAGUGGUCCUAUGAGUGUCAGAGUGUCACCUGCGCAGGCUUCGACGUGCUGCAAAGGCUUCUGGUCUGCCAGGCUCACCUGCCUCAGGUAUACGGAGCACUGGCCGCUCUACUGCUGGGGAAGAGAGGAGGAGAAACGCCUGACGGACAGCUGGAUCUGGAUGAAGUUCUGCAGGCAGUGAUUGACAGCACAGAGUACACAAACUCUGCUCCCUUACAGCUGUGUUCCAAGUCUGCAGCCAUGCUACUGGAGCUGGUCAAGGCCAUCAUCACACAGCGGUCAUCUGCCGCUGAUGCAUCUUGGGAGUUGCAGUUUCCCGGCAGUGUGAUGCAGUUCCUCUGUCUGGUACACAAUCACCGCCCCCGAGACCCACUAUGGACGUCUCCAGAGUUUCUACACACGCUCGCCAGCACUGUGUUUCCCCCUGAGAGUGAAGACGAGGUGUGUCAGCCAACCAGGAAGCAGGUGUGUGACUUCAUCCGUAUCCUCUUAAUGGACAGCCUGCUCAACGUGCCUGCCAAAGAACACACACACCCCCUACUGCUGCUACUGGAGUAUUCCCCAGAAGGAGCAUCGUUGGAGCGGAGACAGGUCUUCCAAACUGAAUUGCUUGAGUUGUUCAUGGAAAUCAUCCACAUGACCAGCCAGAAGAAUGGACAUAACACACACCUCACCACACAGGAGUCAAACUGCCAGAGUCCUGAGGGGCAGAUGGCCACACUGAUGGAGAACAUGGUGCUUUUCAGUCAGAAGUUUCUGGAGAAACUCUACAGCGGCAUGUUUCUGGUUGAGCCAGAGAACCUGCUCACCUUCCUAGCAGACCAGAUAGUGGUGGUGAUGGAGAAGGGCCUAUCACAGAAAGAGAACACAGUUUCCUCCCUCUACACCAGCACCAACCGAGCCCUGCUCUACUUCCUUUCCCGCCCACAACACACACAGGCCGAACAGGAUGCUGUCAUCAGGACGCUGCAGGUGGUCAUGGCGCGCUGGGACAUAGUCAUGGCAACCUACAAUGCCAACGUGAACUUUAUUACCUGCCUGCUGCACUGUCUACUGUUGAUACGAUCUGGCAGCUACCCAGAAGGCUUUGGGUUUGAAAGUCACAAGAAACACCAGCGGAGAAUCCUGUCUCAUCUGUUCCCUCUCAAGACCAGCCACACUACCACACUCAGCCAAGUACCUGAUUCAGACACAGAGCUCAUGUCCCAAGUAGAGUCUGUGUGGUCUAAGAUCCUUACUGAGAGACGCACCAUUCUAGAAGACACCUAUAAGAUUGAGCUCUCAUCUAAUCAGACGCAGAGGAUGGGACCUGUCAGCAUGAGUGACAUCAGCCCGCUGUGGGAGGAGACAGCACUCAAGGUGUGGCAGUUAUACACAGGCAAUGUGAAGAGGAAGCUGACUAGCACCAUCCAGAGGAAAGAUAGUGUAAUCAGCUCUGCUAUUCGCUCUGUCCACAAACGACUGGGGAGAGAAACUGGCACUGUGGAGGAGUUCCUGUCUUGUAUGGAGGCCCAUUUGAAGAGAGGUCAGGAGAUGUUUGAGAAGCUGAGGAAGAACCACACACAGCUGUGUGUUUAUGAGUGGGAGCGGUUGGGGACUAUGUGGCUGUGUGUGGAGGAGGAGCUGCUAAGGGAGAGGGGUGUGUUCGGCCCAGGGCCGGGGGUGGUGCUGACACGAGGCUGGGUCCAGGAUGCAGCUGAAGGCCCCAACCGCACCAGGCCUCGCAUCCGCAGGAGAGCCCAGCGACACUCCAAACGGUUGGCAGAUAUGUGUGUGAGAAAUGGUCUGCCAGAGGAGAGUAAAGGAAGGACAGAGACUGACUCAGAGUCAAGGAUCCUGUUUGAGCCAGGGACAGAGGAAGAGGAGGAUGGUGGAGAGGACUGUAACCACCUAACCUUUUUCCCUGUCCUGACUGAGACUACUGCACCUCUCACUGAGCACUUCGCCCCAGCGUCCACCACCCCUGAGCCCUGCUCACAUACACACACCUGCAGCCACACACACACCAUACUACAGGAGCUGGAGCCUGAGGAAGAGGUUAAAGCGAAGGUGUGUGUGGUGGUGGUCAGUGGGCUGUCUGUAACAGAGGGGCUGCUGUUGUUUGGGACAGACAGUCUGUACAUGUGUGAGGGCUUCACCCUAAGCCCCGCAGGAGACGUCUGCUGUAGAAAACACCACCCCACUGGGUACUGUGUUGUGUGUGACGCGUUCGUUUCCAGUAUGUUGACUAAAGACAUAUCUUCAUCCAGUCCCAGCUGCAAACGAUGGCCCUACCAGGACAUAAGAGAUGUCCGCUUUAUGCGUUUCCUUCUAGAGGAAAAUGCGCUGGAGAUCUUUAUGCAGAAUGGAUACUCUACUUUCCUGGUUUUCUUCAACAAAGACCAUGUGUCUGCUUUUAAAAGGCUGUGUUCAGUGGUGCCAGCAUUGAUAGGUAGAGGGGUUGCUGAGGUCAUAACUAAUGCCAGGAAGACUCCAGUGAUGGAGAAGACUACUCAGGUGAAAUGGCAGCGUGGGGACAUUAGUAAUUUUGAGUACCUGAUGCAUUUGAACACUCUGGCUGGUAGAACCUAUAGUGACCUCAUGCAGUACCCCGUCUUCCCCUGGGUCCUAGCUGACUACAAGUCGGAGACCCUGGAUCUGACCAAACCGGCGACAUUUCGUGACCUCUCGAAACCAAUGGGAGCCCAGACAGAGAAGAGGAGAGACAUGUUUAUUCAGAGAUUUAAUGAAGUGGAAAUUAGUGAAGGUGACCUGGCAGUGAGGUGUCACUACUGUACCCACUAUUCUUCGGCCAUCAUCGUGUCUUCCUUCCUCGUUCGGAUGGAACCCUUCUCACACACCUUUCUGACCCUACAGGGAGGGAAUGACAUAGCAGAGAGGAUGUUCCAUAGUGUGAAGAAGGACUGGGACUCCGCCUCCAGAGACAACAUGAGCGAUGUCAGAGAGCUGAUCCCAGAGUUCUACUACCUACCUGACUUCCUGGUUAACACAAACCACUUCAAACUAGGCUGUAUGCAGGACGGUACCACUCUAGGGGACGUUGUCCUCCCUCCCUGGGCCAAGGGAGACCCCCGGGAGUUCAUCAGAGUUCACCGAGAGGCUCUGGAGAGUGAGUAUGUUAGCUCCCACCUCCACCUGUGGAUCGACCUGAUUUUUGGGCACUGCCAGCAGGGACCAGCCGCUGUAGAGUCCCUCAACACAUUCCACCCCUACUUCUACGCCCAGAGAGGGAAAGGGACAAGGGGGCAGGGUGCACUCAGAGACCCCCUUAUCAAGAGUACCAUCCAGGGAUACGUCAAUAACUUUGGACAGGUUCCCAAACAGCUAUUCAACAAGCCCCACCCUCCUCGUGCCGGCUCAAAAAAGGAGGGAUCAGCACCCGCCCAGCCAACCCCCUUUUUCUUCAGACUGGACAAGCUCAAACCCUCCAUUCAACCAUUCAAAGAGCUCCUUCGUGGUCCAGUAGGCCAGGUGGUUUGUGUGGACAAAGAGGUUUUGGUCGUAGAGAAGAACAGACUACUGAUCCCUCCUCUGUGGAAUGUCUACUUCUCCUGGGGCUUCCCUGAUAACUCCUGCUCCUUCGGACACUACACCACUGAGAAAACCUUUGCUGUAUGUGAGAGUAUGUGUGACUGGGGGAAGAUGCUGUGUGCAGCGUGUCCCAACCAAGCUACCAUAGUCACUGCUGGGAUCAGCUCAGUGGUGUGUGUGUGGGAUGUUUCCAUCAGCAAGGACAAACUCACUCACAUGAAACUCAGACAGGCGCUGUAUGGUCAUACCGAUGCAGUAACGUGUUUGGCGGUGUCUGAGGUUCAUGGAGUGAUACUCAGCGGUUCGCGUGACCUCACCUGUAUACUGUGGGACCUUGAGGAACUCAACUACAUCACUCAGCUACCUGGACACAAGGCUAGCAUCACAGCACUUGCUAUCAAUGACCUCACGGGUGAGAUAGCAUCGUGUGCAGGGCCGGUCCUGUACCUGUGGAGUAUGAAGGGUCAGUUACUCACCUGGCUCGACACAUCCUGUGGCUCUGAUGUCACUUCCUGCAGCUCAGAUGUGGACAUCCUGUCUGUCUGCUUCACUCAGAGACACGAGUGGGAUCCACGAAACGUUAUAGUCACUGGCUGUGCUGACGGGAUAGUGAGGAUCUGGAGGACGGAGUAUACUAGAACAUCACCUGAUCCUCCACAGCAGCCCACAUCCCCUGGACAGGAUCAGUCUGCAACGACUAUAGACGGAGUGUCGGGUCCGAGUCAGAGCUGGGAGAGACACCUGGUGUUCUGUCGGCCACUAAACAGGAGUGAAGCAGUGUCCAGACGGCGCUACAAAAACAACCCUGCAGUCACUGCUCUAGCCAUGUCCAGGACGCAUGCUACUCUGCUGGUUGGAGAUGGCUGGGGUAGAGUCUUCACAUGGACCUGUGAGUGAUGGGGAAGGAGCAGUUGGGUGUGUCUGUUUGUGUGUGGGUGCCUGCGUACAUGCAUGGGUGUGGUGUGUGUGCAUGUGCGUGCAUGGGUGGGUACGUGCGUGAGUUCCAUACAAACAAUACACAAAAACCCAGCCUGCACUUCAGGAACCUCUUAUUCCACUGCACAUGUGCACUCUCACCAGCCCCUGCCUCACCUCCAGACCGACCACCACACUCCAAUCGUAGAGAGAUGUUCUCUCUCUCAAAGUCAUGACAUAGAAGGAACAGAUCAAUGAAUCAUGUGGUUUCAACCUACAUACAGAUCGUACAUUUCAAUGUACUUUAUAGUAGUAACUUUUAGGUAUUUUUUUGAUGAAGCCCGAUUAUUUAAUUGUGAAUGUAUCUGUUUACAGUGCAUUCGGGAAUUUUUCCGACCCCUUCACUUAUUCUACAAUGGAUUAAAUUAAAAAAGUCUCAAUCUGCACACAAUACCCCAAUAAGGACAAAGCGAAAGCAGGUGUUUAGAUAUUUGUGCAAAUAUAUUAUUUAUCUAUUUACAUAAGCAUUCAGACCCUAUGCUAUGACACUCAAAAUUGAGCUCAGUUUCGUCAUGUUACCAUUGAUCAUCCUUGAGAUGUUUCUACAACUUGAUUGGGUCCGCCUGUGCUAAUUCAAUUUGUUUCUACAACUUGAUUGAGUCCAGCUGUGGUAAAUUUAUGCAUGUCAGAGCAAAAACCAAGCCAUAAUGUCAAAGGAAUUGUCCGUAGAGCUCCGAGACAGGAUUGUCUGGGGAAGUGUACCAAAAAUUGUCUGCAGCAUUAAAGGUCCCCAAGAACACUGUGGCCUCCAUCAUUCUUAAAUGGAAGAAGUUUGGAACCACCAAGAUUCUUCCUAUAGCUGGCCUCCCGGCUCUGACAGAGCUUCAGAGUUCCUCUGGGAGAACCUUCCUGAAGGACAACCAUCUCUGCAGCACUCCACCAAUCAAAUCAAAUGUAUUUAUAUAGCCCUUGUUACAUCAGAUGUUACAUCAGCUGAUAUCUCUAAGUGCUGUACAGAAACCCAGCCUAAAACUCCAAACAGCAAGCAAUGCAGGUGUAGAAACACGAUGGCUAGGAAAAACUCCCUAGAAAGGCCAGAACCUAGGAAGAAACCUAGAGAGGAACCAGGCUAUGAGGGGUGGCAAGUCCUCUUCUGGCUGUGCCGGGUGGAGAUAACAGAACAUAGCCAGGAUGUUCAUAAAUGACCAGCAUGGUCAAAUAAUAAUAAUCACAGUAGUUGUCGAGGGUGCAGCAAGUCAGCACCUCAGGAGUAAAUGUCAGUUGGCUUUUCAUAGUCGAUCAUUAGCCGCUCCUGCUGUCUCCAGAAAGUUGAAAACAGCAGGUCUGGGACAGGUAGCACGUCCGGUGAACAGGUCAGGGUUCCAUAGCCGCAGGCAGAACAGUUGAAACUGGAGCAGCAGCAUAGACAGGUGGACUGGGGACAGCAAGGAGUCAUCAUGCCAGGUAGUCCUGAGGCAUGGUCCUAGGGCUCAGGUCCUCUGAGAAAGAAAGAGAGAGAUUUAGAGAGAGCAUACUUAAAUUCACACAGGACACCGGAUAAGACAGGAGAAGUACUCCAGAUAUAACAAACUGACCCUAGCCCACCGACACAUAAACUACUGCAGCAUAAAUACUGGAGGCUGAAACAGGAGGGGUCAGGAGACACUGUGGCCCCAUCCGAUGAUACCACCGGACAGGGCCAAAAAGGAAGGAUAUAACCCCACCCACUUUGCCAAAGCACAGCCCCCACACCACUAGAGGGAUAUCUUCAACCACCAACUUACCAUCCUGAGACAAGGCCCAGUAUAGCCCACAAAGAUCUCCGCCACGGCACAACCAAAGGGGGGGACGCCAACCCAGACAGGAAGAUCACGUCAGUGACUCAACCCACUCAAGUGAUGCACCCCUCCUAGGGACAGCAUGAAAGAGCACCAGUAAGCCAGUGACUCAGCCCCUGUAAUAGGGUUAGAGGCAGAUAAUCCCAGUGGAGAGAGGGGAACCGGUCAGGCACAGACAGCAAGGGCGGUUCGUUGCUCCAGAGUCUUUCCGUUCCCCUUCACACUCCUGGGCCAGACUAUAUGACCCACUGUAGAGAUGAGUCUUCAGUAAAGACUUAAAGGUUGAGCCUGCGUCUCUCACAUGGGUAGGCAGACCAUUCCAUAAAAAUGGAGCUCCAUAGGAGAAAGCCCUGCCUCCAGCUGUUUGCUUAGAAAUUCUAGGGACAAUUAGGGGGCCUGCAUCUUGUGACCGCCGCGUACAUGCAGGUAUGUACGGCAGGACCAAAUCAGAAAGAUAGAUAGGAGCAACCCAUGUAAUGCUUUUGUAGGUUAGCAGUAAAACCUUGAAAUCAGCCCUUGCCUUAACAGGAAGACAGUGUGGAGAGGCUAGCACUGGAUAUGAUCAAAUCUUUUGGUUCUAGUCAAGAUUCUAGCAGCCGUAUUUAGCACUAACUGAAGUUCAUUUAAUGCUUUAUCCGGGUAGCCGGAAAGUAAAGCAUUGCAGUAGUCUAACCUAGAAGUAACAAAAGCAUGGAUAAAAACAUUUUUGGACAGAACGUUUCUGAUUUCUGCAAUCUUACAUAGAUGGAAAAAAGCUGUCCUUGAAACAGUCUUGAUAUGUUCGUCAAAGGAGAGAUUAGGGUCCAGAGUAACGCCGAGGUCCUUCACAGUUUUAUUUGAGAUGACUGUACAACCAUCAAGAUUAAUUGUCAGAUUCAACAGAAGAUCUCUUUGUUUCUUGGGACCUAAAACAAGCAUCUCUGUUUUGUCCGAGUUUAAAAGUAGAACGUUUGCAGCCAUCCACUUCCUUAUGUCUGAAACACAGGCUUCUUAGCGAGGGCAAUUUUGGGGCUUCACCAUGUUUCACCAUGUUUACAGCUGAUUUGUCAGAGGACAAACCAUUCACAGAGACAAAUUGUGGCCAGAUGGAAGCCACUCCUCAGUAAAAAGCACAUGACAGCCCACUUGGAGUUUGCCAAAAGGCACCUAAAGGACUCUGACCAUGAGAAACAAGAUUCUCUGGUCUGAUAAGACCAAGAUUUAAAUAUUUGGCCUGAAUGCCAAGAGUCACAUCUGGAGGAAACCUGGCACCAUCCCUACAGUGAUGCAUGGUGGUGGCAGCAUCAUGUGGUGGGGAUGUUUUUCAGUGGUAUGGACUUGGAAAUUGGUCAGAAGAGACUAGUCAGGAUCAAGGGAAAGAUUAACGGAGCACAGUACAGAGAGAUGCUUGAUGAAAACCUGCUCCAGAGCACUCAGGACCUCAUACUGGGGAGAAGGUUCACCUUCCAACAGGACAACAACCCUAAGCAGACAGCAAAGACAAUGCAGGAGUGGCUUCGGGACUAAUCUUUGAUUGUCCUUGAGUGGCCCAGCUAGAGCCCGGACUUGAACACGAUCAAACGUCUCUGGAGAGACCUGAAAAUAGCUGUGCAUUAAAGCUCCCCGUCCAAUCUGACAGAGCUUGAGAGGAUCUAGAGAGAAGAAUGGGGAGAAACUCCCCAAAUACAGGUGUGCCAAGCUUGUAGCAUCAUACCCAAGAAAACUCAAAGCUGUAAUCACUGCUAAAGUGCUUAGACAAAGUACUGAGUAAAGGGUCUGAAUACUUAUGUAAAUGUGAUAUUUCCAUUUUUUAUAUUUAAUUAAUUUGCAAAUAAAAAGAAAAAAACUGCUUUUGCUUUGUCAUUAUGGGGUAUUGUGUGUAGAUUGAGGAGGGGGGAAAAACUAUGUAAUCCAUUUUAGAAUAAAGCUGUAAUGUAACACAAUGUGGAAAAAGUGCAGGGGUUCUGAAUAGUUUCCGUCUGCACUGUACAGUAUAUAAUAAAUUGCAUUGAAUUAUAAUUACUCUGUUUGCUGUUAUUGUGGUGUCCUGGAUCCUUUUUUUGGAGUUGCUUUGGACACAAACACACUGAGCGUCAAAACAGGAAGUUCAAUGGCAAUGUUGAUACGACAUUGUUUAUUUCAGCCAAUUACAUAGAAACAAAACAGAAUUAUAUUUAGAAAAAAACUGUGGUCGUACGUUCUCAGACUUGGUUACAUGUGGAAGUAUGCAGAGAACCAAAAGGCUGAGCUUGGAUUAUUUGCCACUAAACAAGCACUGACAAAAUGUCCUGUUAAGUGGCCUGUUUAUAAGCAGUAUGGUAUGCUUCAGACCCAGAUUUCUAACCCAGCAUUCUCUAGACAGAGAGGGGGAGAGAUGCAUGUUAAGAGGGAAAAUCCCAAACACAGCUCUCUCUCCAUCUUUUCCACUCUCCACAUCUCUCCCUCCAUCACUAUGCUCCAUGGCCGCCCAUAGAGGAGGGCUCCCAGCAAACUGGGAACUUUCCCAGAACAUUACCUAACAUGCCCAUUAAGUUCUUGUCACGACUUCCGCCGAAGUCAGAUCCUCUCCUUGUUCGGGUGGUGUUUGGCGGUCGACGUCACCGACCUUCUAGCCAUCGCUGAUCCAUUUUUCAUUUUCCAUUGGUUUUGUCUUGUCUUCCUUCACACCUGGUUCCAAUCCCAUCAAUUACAUGUUGUGUAUUUAACCCUCUGUUUCCCCUCAUGUCCUUGUCGGAGAUUGUUUGAUUGUAUGUUAUGUGCAAGUUAUGUUUUUGUGUGCGACGGGUUAUGUAUCCACUUUUAUUAUUUUGUAUAUUUUGUUUUUUGUAUUUUUGUGAGCAGUUAUUAAACGACUCCGUUUAUACCAA